AUGAUCGAAGACGACGAGUACAGGGCGUCUUCCCAGUAUCGAUAUUGGUCAUACCCCGACGAAAAGCUCGCGCAAAUCCGCCAGAGGACGAAUCGGCGGGCAUCGGAGCGUGUCAGGGCGGCAAUUCGAAAGACGGGGGUUCCAACAUCAGGCUCGAGUGAGAACAACGAGAAUACAUCUGUUGAUCCCGCUCCUGGUGUCCCGACGCUCACCGCGCAGGAGGAGGUGAAGAUUGUGGAAUGGGCUUGUACCAAGAUUAUCGAUAUGGGAGAGGCUAUGAACCCGAGAAUCCCUUCCAGUGUUGUGGCUACCGCGAUUCAAUACCUCCGCCGCUUCUACCUCACACAUUCACCCAUGAUAUAUCACCCCAAACCGAUCAUGGUCUGCGCUCUAUAUCUAGCCACAAAGGCAGAUCACUUUUACAUGUCUCUUUCCAACUUCGUUUCGGAACUCGACAACGUGACCGAAGAAGAUGUCAAGGCGCCUGAAUUCCUUCUUCUGCAGGGUCUCCGAUUCACACUCGACGUGCGCCACCCUCUGAAAGGUCUUAUGGGUGGCCAUGCUGAGAUGAUGGCCAUGGUACAGGGGGGUCGGCCCGACAGCAAUAGUCCGAAAGCGACGAAGUUCACAUCGAAAAGAGUCGAUUCUGCUGCCGAUUUGGCAAAGGGACUCCUCACCAGAGCAACCCAGAUGACGGACGCAUAUUUCCUCUACACGCCCAGCCAGAUCUGGCUUGGCGCCAUGAUGGUGGCUGAUGGUGAGCUCACGCAAGCAUAUCUCGAACAGAAACUCAACGAUCUGCCCUUUGACGAUGUAACGGCGGCGGCGACGUUCAAACACAGAGUCUGGAGCACGAUUUCAGCAUGUGCGAAGCUGCUUGGUUCCUAUCAUUGCUCGCAGGAAGACUCAUCGGCGCAGCGGAAAGAGCUGACGCGGAUCCGCAAGAAAUUAGCCGUGUGCCACGAUCCAGAAAAAGUGGAUAUUGAUGCCGUCGUCAAGAUCAGCGCUGGGAGAUUGUCCGAAAAGAGGGAUAGCUACGGCAGUGACGCGGAGAAGGCGCUCAAGAAGCGUAAGGUUGCACGGAGCGAAGUUGAAUGA